CUCCUUUUCGGGAUCUACUCAGACUGGGAGAAUACGUAUUGAACUUUAAAAAGGUUCAAUUCCACGAGCUGUCUUUGCCAGUUCAAACCAGUUUCGACGAGCUCCCUUCAGAUAGCGAAGCGUCAAGGCACCUGUAGGCACGGGAACUUCAGCGAUAAGAUACGAACACGAUAGGCUCGCUUCUAGGCUCGAGCAUGACAUUCUCGGAAGACAAUCGUUCCUUAUGAGUAUUGGCCACGACCGAGGUACCUCGGAAGGGCAAGUCAGGAGGUUCAUUCUUACACAUGCUAUUUCUAACUUGCGCUCAUCCGCAUUAAGUAUUGUUUCUCAUGGACUUUUCUUGCUUUAGAACCUUCGAUCACGGGCUGUCACUGCAUGUGAAUCUUGGGAUAUGAUGAUUUCUAAACUCUUCGUGAUUAAGCGAAUGAUGGAUCGCUGCUAAGUAAGAUUUUUGGAGUAUAUUAAGUCUUUCAUGUGUUGACGAAGUACUGUUCCAUUUUGACUGACUCACUAUUUCAACACUUUGACAGGGUCACCUGUAUAGUUCUCCUGCUACCACCGCAAGGUCUUUGCCUUAUCCACGCUCGCAAGGCAAACAGACCUGUGACUCUAAGCGUAGAUUAUCAGGUCGAAGAUCGUUAUAAGGGACUGUGCGACCAGCAAGCUUCAAGCGAUGGUGGCUGUUGCCGUUGCUCGGAUGUGCUCGGAUGACUACCCUGAGAAUGUGUACCCUCGGUCAUUUCUGGAAAGGCGUUAAUUCACAUCCGUCUCCAUGCUUGUCUCCGAUGCACAAGACCUCUUCGCAACAGCUUCGAGAUAUUCGGGAACAAUGAUUCCUGGCAAGAAUUCUCUGCAAAGCACCCACAUGACGAAAUGAAGGUUGACGAAGACACGAUUCCCUGCGCUCUACGAAUGGGGUUUGCUCUUGACCAUACGGAUACGCGAUGCACAUGCACGCCGUAUACCAUGUAACCACGUUGCACUUCCUACACUCUCCCUGGUUAUCGUAUGUCACGUAGCAGUGGUUUACUCAAACAGGUAUUCCAUAUGGUGGUACGGCACGGAAAUCCAGUCCUGUCCGAGCUCACCGUUGAGAGAAAACGUAUAAAUUCUCUUCAAGAGGCUAACGAAGGACAACUGGAGAAUCUCCUCUUCGCUCUUUUCUCUCUGAUCUAUCUGGGAAGUGGAGUCCGCUCGUCACCAUCUUCCAUCUUCGAUGGUCUCGACAAGCAGGCUCGCGAUAUCCUAGCUCGUGCCACUCCUGCUGCUCCACACUUCGUGGUCUACUCUGACAAGUUCGUAUCCGGCCUCACGGGACCACCUCCACCCGCUCAGGUCAAGGGCUUCAAUGCAUUCCUUCUCUCUUUCCUCCUCUUGGAAGGCCCUUUCGAUAAAGCCGAGGAAUGGACACAGCUGAGCGCAUCUCAACGCUCCAGCAUCAAGUCACAGUACGCUGCUGCAGGAAUCAAGCUCAUGGUCUCAGUCUUCGGCUCUACCGAUGUGCCCACAUCCACCGGUGCUGACCCCAUUGCUACUGCAAACACUGUCGCAGCAUGGGUGAAGCAAUUUGAUCUCGAUGGUGUCGACGUUGAUUACGAGGAUUUCAACGCUUUCGAUGCGGGGAAUGGCAGUGCCGAGUCAUGGUUAAUUUCGUUCACUAAGCAACUGCGCGUUCAGCUUCCUCAAGGACAGUUCAUCCUUACCCAUGCUCCCGUCGCGCCUUGGUUCGCUCCUACCGGCUGGGGCGGAGGAGGAUACCUCAGGGUUCACCAGGAAGUUGGGAGCCUGAUUGACUGGUAUAAUAUCCAAUUCUACAACCAGGGCUCCACUGAGUAUACCACCUGCGCCGGCCUCCUCACCUCCUCAUCUUCCGUGUGGCCCAAGACUGCCCUUUUCCAGAUCGCUGCCUCCGGCGUUCCCCUAAAUAAACUGGUUAUCGGCAAGCCCGCCACAGCUGGCGAUGCUAGCAACGGAUUCAUUGCUCCUGCGACAUUGGCAGGUUGCGUUUCCCAGGCUAAGAACCAAGGCUGGAAUGCUGGUGUCAUGGUUUGGGAGUUCCCCGAUGCGGCUGCAUCUUGGAUCCAAACUGUCCGCGGCUCCGCCUUCCCGCAGUAACUUAUUCAAUAUUUUCGUCACGCUCCAACUGUGUAAAUUUGUAUCAUGUUUCCUUGUUCUAGGACCCAUGCUCUCGCCUUUUUUGCGGUAUCCAAGUCACCCUUUGUAUUGCUAGCAUUUUGGAACAUAGACAUAGCGUCAUAAAAUGUCCAAUGUUCAUUCGUCAACCAUACACUAUCGUUUUGCAACAGCAAAAUCGAAGGACAGCUAGAAA